AUGGCAUACAACAAAAGUGCAUCCUCAUCUUUCUCCUUAUUUUCUGGAAACGAAUUCCUAGAAGAGAAUUCUCCAAGGUCUGAGAGUGGAUACCGAAUCCCUCACACAAACAUUGAACAACAUUUUUCAGGCGGGGUUCGCGAGUUCUCUGAAGAGUCAAUGGAGGACAACUCCUGGUUCCCCUCCAGAUAUAACAAUCAACAGAAACCACCCAUGGUUAUAAUGGAACACUCAGCUGUUGACAUGGAGAACGUUGUCCUUGAGAUCCCUACUGGAAACGAUGUUGUGGAAGCCAUAAUCAACUUUGCCAGGCGCCAUGAAGCUAACAUAGAUGUGAUGAAUGGUUCCGGUCUUGUCUCCGACAUUACCCUUCUCGAACCAGAUUCUCGUGUCCCGGCUUUUCAACUGGAUGGUCCUUUUCAUGUGUUAUCCAUAGCUGGAGUGUAUUUAAACCCUGAUUGUUUCACUGUUCCUCCUCAACUUAUCCAUGAUCCAUUGUGCACCGCUUUUGCCAUUCAACUCUCUGGAUCUCGAGGACAAGUAUUCGGCGGAGUGAUCGGAGGAAAGAUUAAUGCUGCCAAUGACGUUCAUAUUUCAGCUUCGCUCUUUAAGAGACCUCAGUUCAUUAGGGUGGUAACCACUGAUGGGAAUGUUCAAUGUUUUGAAGAUGAUGAUGUCCCAACAAUUGUUGAUGGUGGUGAAACUCAUCCAGCAUCAAAUGACCAACUUCUCCCUUAG